CGGAAGCACAUCAGCGAUGCUGCAGAGACGCGCUGGAAACACUUUACUCACUGCGGUGAGACUUUACAUCGCUGCACUUGUGAUCAGCCGCGCAAAACCUGGACUCGGUCAGGAGGAGAAAGAUAAAAUAAGUCCAGAAAAAUGUAUAAUUUGGGGACCGGGGCUGGAUCCGCGGCUGGUGCUUCCGGUCCGAUAUUUCUACAUCCAGGCGGUGAAUCAAGACGGAGAGAAAAUCACCCAGUCCCCGGGUUCAGAUUCGUUCCAGCUGAGGGUGAGUGCGCUCUCGGUACAGGAGCGAGUUCGUGUUCAUGUUCCUGCACCUCUGGACCGGAGUGACGGCUCCUUCCUCGUCAGGUUCCGGCUUUACUCCAGCGUGGUUCACGGUCUCAAGGUGGAGGUGUUUCACAAACACACCCCUGUGGCUCAGUCUCCGUACACACUGACAGGAGCGGUGUAUCAUGAGGACUGUGAUUGUCCCGAUGAGGACGCGGAGGCGUGGCUGAGUGUGAUGAAGUGUCCGAGUGCAGAUCCUCAGAUUGAGGAGGAUUUCAGCUCUUUUCCCUCCAUCGAGCUGCAGCGAGUGAGACAGGAAGUUCCCUCGCGCUUUUCAAACAGAGGCGUCAUUCACUACGCCAUCAUCAACAACCAGCUGCACCGCCGCUCGCUCGGGAAGUACACCGACUUCAAGAUGUUCUCUGACGAGAUGCUGCUUUCGCUCGCACGCAAAGUCCGUCUGCCCGACGUCGAGUUCUUCAUUAACGUCGGUGACUGGCCGUUAGAGACGCGCAAAGUUUCUGACGUUCCCGGACCAGUUCCUGUUCUCUCAUGGUGCGGCUCGAAGGACACGCGUGACAUCAUCCUGCCCACCUACGACAUCACACACUCCACCUUAGAGACAAUGAGGGGCGUGUCCAAUGACCUGCUGUCUGUACAGGGAAAUACAGGUCCUGUGUGGGGCAAUAAAACAGAGCGAGCGUUUUUCCGAGGCAGAGACAGUCGUGAGGAGCGCUUACACCUCGUCUCCAUGUCCAAAAAAAAUCCUGAGCUGCUGGACGCCGGGAUCACGGCUUUCUUCUUCUUCCGUGAGCGAGAGAAAGAUCUCGGCAAAGCGCCGCUGGUCGGAUUCUUCGACUUUUUUAAGUAUAAGUACCAGGUGAAUGUGGAUGGGACGGUAGCUGCGUACAGGUUUCCGUACCUGAUGUUGGGGAACAGUGUGGUCAUGAAGCAGGACUCUUCAUAUUACGAACACUUUUACACACACCUCAGGCCUGGGCGCCAUUACUUACAGUUCAAACGAGAUCUGUCAGAUCUGAUUGAGAGAAUCCAGUGGGCCAAGGAGAACGACGGUGAAGUGGAGGCCGUAGCGAGGGCGGGGCAGGCGCUGGCCAGAGAACUGCUCCAACCUCACAGACUCUACUGUUAUUACUACAUGGUGCUGAAGGUAAUUCCUAUGCAGAUCGACAGGUGGGUAAACCUGCUGUUCAUCCUGACAUGGAGAGAGUGAGACAGCCGUCUGACCGCAGCGCAGCGUGCGACUGUCUCGGGAGGACACGGGAGCGGCCGAGUGACGAGCUCUGACAGGAGGGACGUGAGGGAACUCUCCUCUGGAAACCAGGGUUCCUGCAGAGAACCUUUACACCUGUCACACCCACCUUCUCCCUGAGUGUGGGCGUGUCCCAAACCACAUGCCAUGUUUAGUACAUCGGGCACAGACACGCCUUCACCGAGAGCCGAGUGUAAACACACAGGAGCCUCGGCACUGAAAGGGGGACUGUUUACUUUUGCUGAUUUUUAUGUGCUGAUAAUACGCCGAGUAAAUCAUGUCCUCAUUUUAUCUCUCUCACACACACACACACACACACACACACACACACACACACAGAUUAUAUUUUAUAAGUGAUGAGCCUUUUAGUGUAUUAUAUUCUCAAAGAGAAACAAAGUCUGGCUUUUAAGCUGAUUGUUUACUGUCCUGUACUUUAAUAACUGCAGCAUCAGCAGUGUGUGUGUGUGUGUGUGUGUGUGUGUGAGACUGAAAUGCUUUUACAUUUACUGUUUACAUUUCACAACGGAGCUGCUGAGGUUCUUUGCGUUGUUAAUCACUUUGGAUCUGACAACUGAAUAAAAUGACACUUGUUUAAUUA